GAGGACUGGGGAACAGAAGGGAAUGGAAUCUACAUGGUGAUAGAAGAUAAAAGGAAUGCUUUGUCUGCUUCAUUUUAUCUAGACUGAAGGUGGAGAAGAAGUAGACUAGAUAAAAUUUUAAGUUCUAAACUAUAUUCUUGAAUUCCCAAUACCCAUCCUCUCCUCAUACAAAAGGCAUUUUCUGAAGUAUGGAGAAUCCUAUCCUGACACAGUAGACACCAUUCUCAAAUUGAAGGCCAGAGGGUCUUCCUGAAUUGAAAGGAAGAGCCUUUAGAGACUUACUUAAUUAGAAGCCAUGCCACUUCUAGGCCAUGUGACAGCUUCACCUGGAGAAGUGUAGAGUUCUGAAACCAAUCUUUCAGAGCCUUUCAGGCUUUGAUAACUCAAAAAUAGGCGAUGAGCUCAUUUUGGAAAUGCUACAUUCCUUUUAUGAAAUGAUACAGAAAAACUGGUUGAAAAUAAUUAACAGUGGUAUUUUUGAUUGACAUUCUAGUCCCGCACAAACAUUAGUAAUCUAGAUAACGAGAUUAAUAAAAUAAUCUGGAAUCCAUAAUGUAUAAUUAAGAAACUAGAUAAAAUCAAAUCCCAGGGUACAUAUUUUACUAUAGAAUUUAUUCGCACUUCACAGUGCCUGAUUUAGGAGCAAUUGUAGAAAUUUACUUGUGUUUUGAGAUGAAAAACACACAUUGAUGUUGUGCUAGAGAAAUACUUUGUAAAGAUGGGCAGGAAGAGGCCCUGUGUUUGGAUGUGUACAUUAUAGAGUACUUGUGAACACCUUCACCCUACCAUUUCCUCUUAAAUGUUUAGAACAGCUGAGCCAUUCUCUCCACAACGUAGACAUGGUUCAACAAAUGGGAUUCUCAGGUCAGUUCCUCUAUCUACAGACUUUAAAUGUGAUACAGAAGCCACUAGCUUUAUAGCACACCAGUGAUGGACUCAAGAUGUAGCUAUAAUUAGGACUUGGAAACACAGACGAAAGAGAGAAGGAAUCUUCAGUUUCCUUUACCAUAACUUUGAAAAUAGAAAACGGGUGCCAUCCUGUGGUUAUUUUAAUAAGGUCGCUCUUAAACAAUGACUUUCUGGAGAGGCAAUUUAACAAAAUCUCCUAUUUCUUGCUCCUUGAAAAUACUGUUAAAAUUAUCUUUCUUAAACUCUUGGACUUGGUACUCUUACAAUCUGGAGAUUUCAUUAAAAUGCUAGACCUACCCACAUAAAAACACCAUCACAAUAAUAUUAGGUGACUACCAACCAUGAAAAACAUGGCAAGCAAUUUUCGUAAUUCUUAAGAACCGCUCAAGACCUGCGUAUUGGUUGUGAGCAUGUUGAAAGGUAGGUAAAGGUUUUCGUAAAAACGGUGACAUGAACACAGGGGUCCCUCCAUCCUGGGAACGGCAGGUGGAAUAGAUCCAAGAUAAAUACCCACUUUUCAGCCCACUUAUUUACUUCUAACUUGUUACAAGAAGAAUAUAUGUUACGUUUGUAGUUAACAAAAAGAGUCACUAAACCAGGGGUACGAGGUUCACCUUACCCGAGAACUGUGUUACUGGAUGCUCCCUGGAAAGGUGACACCACAUUUGUGUGUGUGUGUGUGUGUGUGUGUGUGUGUGUGUGUGUGUAAGUCUUGUAGAAGAGGCACGCAUCUUACCGUUAAGUAGUGUUUGUGUACUAACUUUCUGGGAGCAUCAGGCACGCCACAGACAAAUUUGGGGCUGGAUGGGCUAUGAGUCAAAACACGUGCUCCCCAACGGAAGCCUCCGGGAUCCGGGCGCAAGCGGCCAGAACUCAAACAGACUUCCGCAGAAUUUCUCCAGGAAACCGUCGUGUGGGGCGGAAACGGGCCCUCGGUCCAGUGGCUGGUUUCUAAUCUGCUGUCACAUUUGAGAUCCUGGUCUUUCCUUCCCGGAAAUGAGCCUUCGUCCCUGCAAGGUGGCGCCAGAGGCCUGGCCAGAGGCGGAGGCGCUGGCGGAGCGGGAGCCCAGGUCAGAGGCAAGGCGGGAACCCGAGGCAGGGCCAGGCUCAGAGCCGCUCCCGGCCUCUCAGCACGAGUCAGAACAGUUCUUCAGCGGAAGACAGGAACCCGAGAUGCCCUGGGUUUCGGGGCAGUUGCCAGAGCCCGCUGGGGCGCCCCAUUCACAUCCGGUGUCAGUGAGGGGGGAUUCCUUGCUGCCCGCAUCACCGUUGGAAAACCAGGUGUCCGAGAGACCCCGUUGCCACACCAACUGCCUGGAGGCGCCCCUCUCCUGCCUCUUCCGAAGGCUGGGAUGCGAAGUGGGCGCGCACCCCUGGAUCUUCCUGCUGGUGCCCAUGGUGCUGACGGCCGCUCUGGGCACCGGUUUGUUUUACCUGCCCAAGGAUGUAGAAGAAAACCUCGAGGAGCAGUACACCCCAAUAGGGAGCCCAGCCAAGGCCGAGCGGCACUUUGUGCAGGAACGCUUCACCGCCAACGACUCUUACCGCUUCUCCAUCUCCAGGAAGAGCACCGAGGUCAAUUUCGCUUGUAUUCGAGUGGUCUCCAACACCACCUCCCUGCUAGGACCAGCAAUCUUAUCAGAAGUUAGUAAAGUGGAUGACGUGAUCCAGGAUCUGUAUGCGAGGGGGGAAAACGGAACCCAGAUCCACUACAAUCAGGUGUGUGCCAAGCACCAGGGUCUCUGCGUGCCUUCCAACCCACUCCUGUAUGCCUAGCAGAUGAACAGGGACCUCGACCUGAGAAAUGUCACUUUCCCAAUCUACAACCACACCGGUCAGCCCAUCUACCUGGCUGGCACCAUUGGAGGAACCUUCUUAGGUGAGAGGAUGGGAAUGAACCAGUUACUCCUGGAAGCCAAAGCCGUGAGGCUGCUCUACUACCUGAAAACUGAGGAUGGAGAGGACAACGAACGUGGUAAGAAAUGGUUGACCCAUUUCCUGAACCAAUUUAGCAACAUUGAAAAGAGUCUGGCCUCGAAGAGGAUCCAGGUGGUCUACUUUACAUCAAUUUCUACACAACUGGAACUUGAAGCAACUUUGAUGACAGUGAUCCCUUUGUUUCACUUGGCAUACCUUCUAAUCAUAUUAUUUGCAAUCAUAUCAUGCUACAGGUGUGACUGUGUACGAAACAAAAUGUGGGCUGCAACCUUGGGAGUGAUUUCUGCUGCCUUGGCAGUGGUGAGCGGCUUUGGCCUGAUCUUGUACAUUGGGGUGCCAUUUGUGAUAGUUGCAAAUUCACCAUUUCUUAUUCUAGGUGUUGGGGUUGAUGACAUGUUUAUAAUGAUUUCUGCCUGGCAGAAGACCAGCCUCAUGGAUAACAUCAAACAGUGGCUGGCCAGUGUCUAUUCCAAAGUGGCAGUGUCCAUUAUAAUGACCACUAUCACCAACGUUCUGGCCUUCUAUACAGGGAUUAUGACCUUUUUUGGGUCCGUACAAUACUUUUGCACUUAUACAGGAACAACCCUGCUCUUUCGUUAUUUUUUUUAUAACAUCACCUGUUUUGGAGCAUUUAUGGCCCUGGAUGGUAAAAGAGAAGUAGUCUGUCUACGUUGGUUGAAAAAGCCAGAAACUCCUGACCAAAAGUGUUCUUCAUUUAAAAAGUCCUGCUGUGUCCCAUGUGAUUCUCUCCCAGAUGAACAAGAAACUGAUGUCCAUCUAAUGAAUUUGUUCUUCAGAGACUAUUUAGGCCCUUUUCUCACAAGCACUGAGUCCAAGUUUUUUGUAGUGCUUCUAUACAUUUUGUACAUCAUUAGUAGUAUAUAUGGGUGUUUCCAAGUGCAGGAAGGGUUAGCCCUUCGAAAUUUGGCAAGUGACGAUUCCUACAUCACACCAUUUUUUAAUGUAGAAGAAGAAUAUUUUUCGGAUUAUGGCCCCAGGGUUAUGGUUAUUGUUACUGAAACUCUUGACUACUGGGAUAAAGAUGCUAGGCAAAAACUGGAAAAAUGUCUGGCAGAUUUGGAAAACAGUGACUAUGUAGAUAAAAAUGUUACAGAGGAGUUCCGGAAGAUGGCGGCUCUACAAAGCAUCAGGUAUAAGCCAGCUGUUCCCAGGAACCCUCUCCCACUGAUUCCUACCUGA